GCCUUGUUCCUGUUCUUGUGCUUGCUUUGCUCGCGCGCCUCUCUGGCCUCGGCCUCGCUCUCCCCCUCCCUCCUCUCAUCAUCAAUAUAAAACUCCCCUCUCUUCUCUCUUCUGCGCGCGGUCGCCACAACAUUUGCCCGCCGCGCACUGCUGACCUCUCCUCCUCCAUUACUCUGCUGCUGCUGCUCCAGCACAACAUACUGAGAUUAGAGAGAGAGCACAAGAGAAGAGAGAAGAGGUUCAGUGUCUGGCUGGCUAUGGGGUACGAGAGGAUACACAAAGUUCAGAUGGGGGUCAUCUCUCCAACCAAGCUCAGGAUGAAGCUGCUCGGCUCCGGCAACAAGGACGAGCCUACUCGCAAGUCGCCGCGGGCGUCGCCGCCGCCGUCCAGGCUCGAUGACGACGACGAUGACCACCCCAACAACAGCCUCUUGCCGCAAGAGCUCGACGAAGAGUACCCCAAGGACCACCGGUCAGACUCUUCCCGGUCGCGCUCCGACGCCAGCCACGGCAGGGCGGCGCGCAGCCGCAGCUGCGGUGGGAGUGGGAGUGGCAGCGACAGCGGCGUCGAGAACGGCGCCUCCGCCGGCGGCGGCAACUUCGAGUUCUGCAAAGAGGAGAGGGCGGCCCUGCCUGGGACUGCGACUGCGACUGCGACGGCGGCGGUGUCCGCGCCGUUCUUCCGGCAGCAGGUGCCGUCCAAGUGGAACGACGCGGAGAAGUGGAUCGCAGGGCGCCACGUCGUGCACUCCAACCCCAUCUUCUCCAAGAAGCCCGCCGCCGCCGCGAUGGCGUCCAGGGCCAGCGGCGCGGCCGCGAGCGCGCUGACCGAGCUGUCGUCCAAGUCCUCGUCGCCGUCGUCGUCGGUGACCGGCCCGGCGAGCAAGCCGCCGCAGAAGAAGCUCCGGUUCUCGCCGUCGACGAUCGCCGCCGCGGCGCCGGCGGUGGCCGUGUCCGUGUCGAUGCGCGACGUCGGGACGGAGAUGACGCCGAUCGCGAGCCAGGAGCAGUCGCGCAGCGGCACCCCCGCCGGCGCCGCGACGCCGUCUCUCAGCCCGCUCUGCUCGGUGCCGUCCAGCCCGAGAGGCGGCGGCAGCGGCGCGUCCUCGGCCUCCUCUUCCUCCGCGUCGGAGCGGGAGCUCCGGCUCAGGACCCGGCGGGAGAUCGCCGCGCUCGGCCUGCAGCUCGGCAAGAUGAACAUCGCGUCGUGGGCCUGCAAGGAGGAGAGCCUCCUCGCCGCCGCGUCGCUGGAUAAGGGCGCCGGUGACAUCGACGAGGAGAUCAAGAGGAAGGCCUUCGAAGCUCGCGCCACCGCGUGGGAAGAGUCCAACAAGUGUAAACUCGCGUCAAGAUACCAGAGGAAGGAGGUGAAGAUACAGGAAUGGGAAAGCUUGCAGAAAUCCAAAUUCGAAGCCAAGCUGAGGCAGGCCGAGGCACAGGCAGAGCAGAUGAAAGCCCGGGCGAAGCAGGACCUGGCCAGGAGGCUGUCGGCCCUGAGCCACAAGGUGGAAGGGAAGCAGGCGAGGGUGGAGGCGCGCCGGAGCCGGCAGUCGUCCCGCCUGGCGCGGCAGGUGGAGCGCAUCCGCAAGACCGGCCGUGAGCCGUGCCGGCUCCGUCGCUGCUGCGCCUGGUUCCUGUAGACUGUAGUGUAGCUACCAUGCUCUGGAACAAAAGCUGACAUCAUCUCUGAUUCUCUGUUCGAAUUCCAUAGCUGAUGGCAGUAUAUCAUGAUGGCAUGGGCUUAAUUUGUAAGUACUGAAAAUUCAUCUCUGGUUCAUGUUUAUCCCAGUAUCAGGGCAGUGCUAGCUGCUCGUCGCUGUGGAUAGGGCCUUGUUUAGUUCCGAUUUCAGUUUUCGGAACUGUAGCACUUUCGUUUUUAUUUGACAAACAUUAUCCAAUCAUAGAGUAACUAGGCUUAAAAGAUUCAUCUCGUGAUUUACAGA